AUGGCCUACUACCAGCAACCUCCUCCAGGGAACUAUCCCCCACCACAGCAGCAGCAGCAGCAGCAGCCACCCCCAGGCGGCUACCCACCGUACCAGCAGCCAUAUGGGGCCCCGCCAUCCCCAUACAUGCCACAGCAGCAGCAAUGGGGCCAGCCGCCACCUCCUGGAGGGUACCAGCAACCCCCGCCGCCCAGUCCUGGGUUCCAAGGACCACCCACCCCAGGAUACCCACCGCCCCAUAGCCCAGGAUUCCCACCACCGAGCCCAGGCUACGGUGCCCCGCCGCAGCAGUUCCAGCCUCCUCCCCCGCAGGGAUACCCCCCUCCACAGCAAGGAUAUGCCCCCCCACCACAAGGCUACCCUCCCCCGCAAGGCUACCCCCCACAGCAGCAAGGAUACCCACCUCCACAGCAAGGGUACCCGCCACAAGGCUACCCCCCAGCACCACUCGUGCACCGCGACUCCAACGGCUACCACCCCCCCGCGCCGCCGCAGGGCUUCCCGCCCCCGCAGCAGGCCUCAUACCUCAACCCCCUCGGCGUCGGCGGCGGCCCCCCACCACCAAUCGCACACACCUUCCCGCCCGUCGCCCCGCGCAUCAUCCCCACCGCCGACAUCGACAUCAUCUACAAGGCCUGCAAGGGCUUCGGCACCGACGAGAAGGCCCUCAUCAGCGUCUUUGGCUACCGCGAGGGUGACGUCAUCGACGCCAUCCGCGAGCAGUACUCAACCCACACCAAGCGCGACCUCAUCACAACGAUCGAGAAGGAGACGAGCGGAAACUUCCGCACCGCCCUCAAGGCCGUUGCGUACGGGCCCAGCGAGUGCGAUGUCUUCUUUGCAAACCUGGCCAUUGCGGGCUUUGGCACGAACGAGAGCAUGCUCACAGAGUCGAUCAUGGGGAGGACGAACGCGGAGGUUAAUCGGAUGAAGACGAUAUACCCGCUGCGCUAUAAGGAGUCGUUGGAGGCCGCUGUGCGCGGCGACCUCUCGAUGAAGACGGAGAAGCUGUUCAUGAUGGCGCUGUCGGGCCAGCGGAUCGAGGACUGGGAGCCGAUAAACCCGCAGGUGGUGGCGAACGAUGCUGCUGCGAUCCAUAAUGCGUGUGCGGGGCUAGGCACGGACGAGCUGCUGGUGUGCUCGGUACUGACGCGCGCGAGCGAGCCGUAUCUGAGAGCGCUGGCGACGGAGUAUAAGAACAGGCACAAGACCGAUCUGGUGAAGCUCAUCAAGAAGGAGUUCUCCGGGCAUAUGCAGGAUGCGCUGGUGUAUAUUGUGGAGGGCGCGCUGAAUAGGCCGACGAGAGAUGCGAUACUGCUGGAGGCGAGUAUGAAGGGCAUUGGCACGAGGGAUGAGUUGCUGAUCUCGAGGCUGGUGAGGAUGCAUUGGAAUAAACACCAUUUUGAGUUGGUGAAGAGGGAGUUUAAGAGGUUGUAUGGGAGGGAUCUGCAGCAGAGGGUCAAGGGGGAGACGAGUGGGGAUUAUGGGAAGUUAAUGGUUGCGCUGUGUUCUUGA